GAUCGACGUCGGCGCUGUGGCGCCGCUCCGUCAGCUCAGCUCGGCUCCGCGCCCUCCAUCUUCCCUCAGCGCUCACCGGCCCGACCUGUGCGCUGCAACCUUCCCUCGACCGCCGAGCCGUCGCCGCCGCCGCCGCCCCCACGGGGGGGAGUUUACCCGCAAACCUCAAUGGCUACAAAACGCAGGAAGGUGGAUGCUGAGUGCCGAAUCUUCCAGGGCAUUUGGACAGAAAAGUACUUCUUUAUACAGCACUUCGGCACGCCCACAUGCCUUAUCUGCCACGCAAGUGUUAGUGUGAACAAGGAGUUCAACAUCAGGCGGCACUAUGUAACAAAACAUCCAAAAUUCAGUGAAAUUAUUGGGCAAGCAAGGAAGCAUGAAGUUCAUAACCUUAAAUGGAGCCUGGCAAAUCAGAUGUUGAAGAAACAAGGUGUGGAAUCAGAGAGGAACACGCUUGCUAGCUACGCGGUUUCUAAGUUGAUAGCAGAAAAUAUGAAGCCCGUCACUGACGGAGAUUUUGUGAAAGAAUGUUUGAUGGCAGUUGUGGAAAUUCUGUGUCCUGAGAAAAAGGUUUCAUUUUCAAAUGUCAAUCUCUCUGCAAGAACAGUUGCACGACGAAUAGAAGAAAUGUCAGCAGAUGUGAAAAGCUGUUUGAAGGACUAUUGCAGAAAUUUCCAGUUCUUCUCAAUAGCCCUCGAUCAGAGUACAGAUACCAAAAACACCGCUCAGCUUGCAGUGUUUGUACGUGGAGUAACUUCAGAUUUUGACACUGUUGAGGAGUUUGUUCAACUGGAACAUAUGAAGGGUGCUGCCAUAGGAGUAGAUAUUCUUGUGGCAUUGCUCAAGUGUACCACAGACAUGGAGCUGGAUCUAUCUAAGUUAGUAUGCGUAGCAACUGAUGGAACGCCAGCAAUGGUUAGAGAAAAAAAAGGUGCUGUGGCUAUGCUUGAAAGCCACAUGGAAGGCCUUGAAAUUAACCACGAGAUUAAAAAAAUGCACUGCCUAAUCCACCAUGAAGCACUGUUCGCCAAGUCUUCAAAUGUGAAGGAUGUGAUGGAGGUAGUGGUAAGAGCAGUAAACCUGCUAUUGUCACGGGGACUAAACCACCGUCAAUUUCAACAACUUUUCUCGGAAGCAGAGGCCCAGUAUGGAGACCUGCUCUAUUUCUGCGACGUUCGGUUGCUCAGUCGAGGUGCAAUGUUAGAAAAGGUAUACGCUCUGCGGGAAGAAAUAGCAACAUUCCUCGAAGGUAAAAAUGUGAGUGCCUCAGAAUUUCGCGAUCCUAAAUGGCUUUCGAGUCUAGCAUUCCUGGUAGAUUUAACAGCUCAUUUAAACAACCUCAACUCGCAACUUCAGGGAAGAAAUCAACUCGUACAUGAUAUGUGUGGACACAUCGUCGCCUUCGAAACAAAACUGCGACUGUGGGAAUGCCAGCUUGAGAAAUCAUGCUACGCUCAUUUCCCCAAACUCCAGGAGACCCAACCGACAGACACCGACACAUUUGUGACUGUGAUACGUGACUUGAAAACUGAGUUUUCUUCACGUUUCGCUGACAUUCGCUCACACACAAGCGAAUUCAGGCUGUUUGCCACUCCAUUUGACGUGGACAUCGACAAUGCACCAGAAAAUGUUCAAAUGGAACUUAUUGAGAUGCAGUGCAGCGAUGUAUUAAGAACUAAAUUUAAUGCAACGGACAUAUCUCUACUAGAGUUCUACAAGAAAUAUCUCCAUGAAACUGGUAGGUAUACCAACUUAGUAGAUCACGCAAAAAAAAUGACAUCAAUGUUCGGCAGUACUUACAUGUGUGAGCAACUCUUCUCAAAAAUGAAAUACACGAAGAGUAAAUUAAGAAACCGACUGACUGAUGCCCAUUUAGAUGGCAUCUUGCAUCUGGCCUCUUCCAACCUGUCACCUGAUAUUGAGAGACUGUCGAGCGUAAAACAACAAGUGUCACACUAACUGCUAUGAGACAGACAAACAGACUGACGGAGAGGGGAAGGGUAGUUUCAAUACCAGUGUCUCAAACUAACUUUGUUCUGAACUUUGUUUAGUUCACUUUGUUCAGUAGUCAAGUCAAGUCAAGAGAGUUUAUUGUCAUGUGUCCCAGAUAGGACAAUGAAAUUCUUGCUUGCUGCAGCAAAACAGAAUAUUGUAAACAGUUCAGUUCAAUAUACACAUAUAUGUAUGCUGUAGACAAAAUAUUGCUAAGUGGGACUAAGUGGGACCCAGCAUCACACGGGAGAGCUGGUCCCCCAACGCAUAAUUCCAACUCUCCACCAAUUCCAAUAUUGGUGGCCAGUGGGCGGGGCUUUCUGGAGUGCUAGUAUGGGUGUUGUGGGCUGAAGGGACUGGUUUCCAGAGGGCUAGUAUGGACAUUGUGGGCCGAAUGGAUUCUUGGGCUGGCGGCUCAGUCACUCAAGCCUGUUGUGCUGGCAGCUCACUCACUCACGGGCCGGUGGGCUCGCUGUUGACACACGGCUAUUCUUUGAAAUUUCAUUUCAAGCAGGGUGCAAGGUCACCAAAUUGAAGUGCAGUUUCAUACCACUUCAAGCAGGGUGCAAGGCCACCAAAUUCAAGUGCAGUUUCAUACCACUUCAAGCAGGGUGCAAGGCCACCAAAUUCAAGUGCAGUUUCAUACCAUUUCAAGCAGGGUGCAAGGCCACUAAAGACAGCGAUUCGUGACCUCUCCCUCCUCCAUCUUGCAGAGACUGAGCCACGACCACACGUCUGGGUUUUAUAGUCCCUCCCGCCAGAAGGGGCAUGUCCUUCAUGACAUGAUUGACAGGAGAGAAUAUCAACAUUUUUAAAACACUAAUAACUCUUAUUUUCCAUCGAUGAGAAAAAUCCUCUCGUCCUGCGCAGCGGAGGAGGACUCUGAGUAAGAUGGCCGAAAAUCACAGCCGUAAGUGGCAGUGUUUUUUCUAAAAUCAAUAUACAGAACAACAGGAAGUGGUCAAGGUCAGACUUUUAGUAAUAUAGAUGUAUUAUUACCUCCAUUUAUUAACAAUGGCGAUACAUGUGGCAGCCAUCCACUCACAGACAUGGGUCCUGCCCCUAUUCAGAACAAGAUUGCCGACCCCUGCCUUAUGUCCUUAUGCCAUUAUAACAAGAGCUGGCACGGUGGCGCAGCUGUAGUGUUGUUGCCUCACAGUGCCAGAGAUCCGGGUUCAAUCCUUACUACUGCCACUGUCUGUACAGAGUUUGUAUGUUCUUCCUGUGACCAGGUGGGAUUUCUCCGGAUGCUCCGGUUUCCUCCCACAUACAGGUUUGUUGGCUUCUGUAAAUUGUAAAUUGCCCCUCGUAUUUAGGAUAGAACUAGUGUGCGGGCAGUGGCGGACUGGGUCUAAAAAUAUUGGUUGCCGAGACAAAGGGGACCCACUUGAUAUAGGGGUCCCACUUCAUCAGGGGCCCACUUGCCAUCGGGCAAGCUGACACCCUGGCCAGUCCGCCACUGUGUGCGGGGAUCGCUGACCCAUGUACCGAGGGGCCUCUUUCUGUCCUGUAUCUCUAAAACUAAAACUAAACUUAUGUUAAGUUCUAUUGUUCUUUUAAUUGUGUUGUUUUCUUUUAAUUGUAUGACUGCAUGGUAACUCCAAUAUCACAGUACCUUACUGGUGCAUGUGACAAUAUAUGUGAAUAAGAAUUCGAAUUUGAAAGGAAAGAAAGCAGCUUAAAAGGAGAAUUCCUCAGAGUAGGGGCUUACAAGAUGGAAAACAUUGUUAACAAAUGAGGAAGUGGACAGAGGAACAGAUAUUAUGAAAUGAUUCCAUUGUAGAAAGUGAGGCAAGUGGUCACUCUUCAUCUGGACUGAGUGAGAUAUCUCUAUCCAGUUCAUAAACUGGAACCUACCAAGAAAUAAAAGGAAUAUAAAGGAGACCAUUGUGCUCAAACCCUGGCUCUGCAAUGUAUGAUUCAUUUAUAUUCCAUCUCACGGAACGCCAGGGAAGAAGUUGGAAAAUGUCAGUAACUUCAUAACAUUACAUCAUACAUUGUGAAAAAACACAUACCAACUUUUUUCACUGACAGGCCUGCCCUGCUUCCUGGGCUUUGCCUUCCAGCCUGAAUUGAUAGGCUCAUCUUAGGUUAGCCGACAAAAAGCUGGAGUUCCUCAGUGGCACGGGAGAAAAGGAAUAGGUGACGAUUUGGUUUUGAGCAAAGGACGAGGUGAUGUUUUGAUUCAAGACCCCUCUCAAGAGUCUCUGAAGAAGGGUCUCAACCCGAAAUGUCACCUAUUCCUUUCCUCCUGCCUGGCCCGCUGAGUUACUCCACCUUUAUGUGUCUAUCUUCGGUUUACACCAGCAACUGCAGUUCCUUCCCACACAUACCUGUGAAUGGGAUGCUUGCACUCUGAAGAAAAAUCACGAAUUUCCGAACACGAAGAAAGAUUGGUGGCCACAAUUUCUGUUUCUUCAGGGGAUUCACUGGCAACUUUUGUGUCCCAUUGCUACUCUGUACUAUUAAAAGUCUCAUCUUGUAUGUAUG